GACUAGUCGCCGGCCUCGCCCAGAACUUUUUCUAAUAGUAUAGAACUACUAGAGUUACGCAGCUGGAUUACACAGAACAAAGCCUACCUCAAGUUAGAUAACCUCCUACGCGCCAUUACCAUUAUUAUCUAUAAGUUCCGAAUGUGGAACCGGACUGGUUGCUGAGGACCUCUCAUAAACAUGCUUCUUAUCAUACGGCAUCGGAGUAUGGAAGCACGCCAUCGCGCUAUUCAUUCAGGGAUCGGGACCAGGAAACCAUGCAGAUUGUGACGGUGGGGGAGACUAAUGCUACCAAGCCCGCCUUGAGCUGUCUAUACACUAUUCCCCACUCCGGCCGCGGGGGGAUAAUUUGAUAUCACGGUUUAAAUUUUGAGAAUAGUUUCUUGAUGCUGUUCAAGAUGAAAUUUGCAGUUUUCACUUAAAGGUAUACGGAUUGAGUGAGCGUCAUGGCCGAGCAGCAACCUACGACAGAGGGCAUAUCGCCAGCCAGCGACGAGCAUGCACCAUCGCAGACAGUGAAUUCGGGUACUCCCGAUAGGUCUCUCGUUGUUCAUUCCCAGACGCAAAACUCCGGAUUUUUUUCCAGGUUUCGCUAUCACAUCUUUGCCGCUGGCUUCGCAUUCCUACUAAGUCCUCUUGCGUUCAUAUGGCCAGGUCAAUCGCCCAUUGACCCAACCAAUUACGCAGAACGUACACGAAGAGUGCUCAAGUCGACCCCCUUAAUUGACGGACACAAUGAUCUACCCUGGCAAUUACGCAUAGAAUUGCAUAAUCGCAUUUACGAUGGCAAGGUAGAUUUCACCAAGAGGCUUCUAGGCCAUACUGAUAUCCAAAGGAUGAGAACCGGGAUGGUGGGUGGCCAAUUCUGGAGUAUUUACGUGGACUGUGAUACUCAGCAGCAGCAUUUCGAAGACCCUUCCUGGAUUGUGAGGGAUACGUUAGAGCAGAUUGACGUCGCUCGGCGAUUUAUUGAUGAGCACCCCCAGCAUCUUCAGUACUGUGACACCGCGGCUUGCGCCCGUAAAGCCUUUAAGUCUGGCAGGAUUUCCAGCAUGCUUGGUAUUGAAGGCGGUCACCAAGUAGGCGGGAGCAUUGCUAGCAUACGGCAGAUGUAUAAUCUCGGAGCGCGCUACAUCACCUUAACUCACAAUUGCGACAACUCAUUUGCGACUUCAGCUUCCACUGUCGCGGCGGGUGGACCCGAUGAGGGUCUAUUCAAAUUGGGAUACGAAGCUAUCAAGGAAAUGAAUCGACUAGGGAUGAUAGUCGAUUUAUCUCAUGUUUCGCACCAGACAAUGCGAGAUGUACUGAGCGUUGCGCGCGCACCUGUCAUUUUUUCGCAUUCAGGGGCUUAUAGUGUAACACCACAUCUUCGGAACGUACCCGAUGACGUUCUUCGCACUGUCAAGCGCAACAGAGGUAUUGUUAUGGCAGUUUUUGUCAACAGGUUCUUGCGGAUGAAGGAUCCCGACCAAUCGACAAUUCAUGAUGUUGUAGAUCACAUUAUACAUAUCGCCGAGGUCUGUGGAUGGGAUUGCGUUGGCGUGGGAAGUGACUUCUCUGGAACACCGUACGUGCCAAUUGGGUUGGAAGAUGUUUCCAAGUUUCCGGACUUAGUUCAGUUAUUGAUGGAGCGCGGUGUAACUGACGAACAGAUACGCCUGUUCGCUGGUGAGAAUAUUCUCCGCGUAUGGUCCAACAUCGAGAAGAGGGCGCGCGAGAUACAAGCUACUGGAGAGAAACCUUCGGAGGAAGAAUAUGAUGGCAGAGAUUGGCACAAGGGGCUUAAGGAUUCGCCAUGGAUGCUCAGGGGCAGUAGACAGAGAGCUGUUGAAUCUGGUGCCAAGGACAAGCCAUACAUGUUCAACGUCGACGGCGAUGGAAAACACAAUCCAGCAGUCAAAAACGUGUAGACUAGGUAGGUAGCCCUAGAACU